GCAACAUAAUUUAUGACUAUACGAGAAUAAUAAUGAUAACGAUAACGAUCAUAACAAAACAUGAUUUCCAAUGUUUCUUCUUCGAUGAACGAUGAGGGGAAGAACAGAGGAAUAGCCACCGAUAACCCUUACUAUGGCACCUUUCAAGGCGUCGCCAAUUACUAUCCUACGGCGGCCCCACCAGCUCCCUACGGUGGCCCUCAUGCUUAUUACCAAGGACAAGGAUACGUCGCCGUUCCAGUUUAUGCCGUUGCUGAAGGAAGGCCCCUAAGAGAACACCGUCUUCCUUGCUGUGGACUUGGUCUGGGUUGGCUAUUGUUUAUAAUUGGCUUCUUUCUUGGUGGCGUUCCCUGGUACAUCGGAACAUUCUUUCUAUUAUGCGUACGAAUGGAUUAUCGUGAAAAGCCUGGAUUAAUUGCAUGUACAGUUGCUUCCCUCAUUGCUGUGGUUGCUCUUACCGCUGGUGUAACACGUCAAGAUCUUGUGAAGUUGACAUGAAGCACAAAAUUUAUUGUACAUUUUAACCUGCACAACAUUGUGGAGCUUUCCUUCCUGUAAAUUAUACUUUGAAACUUGUGUGAAAGUAACAAUGGAUGCUGUUCUUGGAAAUUCACGCUGGAAUGCAUUUUCUACUACAUAUUAGAGCAGAUGGAGUUUGGAAAGGCAUAAGAAAAAUAAAAUAUAUGUACUCGCUCUAACUUAAUUC